AUGUUUGCGAAACGAGCGACAAAAAAGCAAGGACGGAGAGGUCCACUAUCAGAGGAGGCAGAAGCAGAAGCGGCUGCAGGCGACAGUCCGCCUAACACAGAAACAGCCCGAGCACAAAGGGAUGAAGAGCGACCGUCUGACAAGGACGAUGAUGAUUCUGUAAAGCCCAUCAAGAAGCAGAGAACAACACCGACGGGGAAGCACUUCAUUCAGGCGGUUUCUGAAAGGCGCAAGCACACCGCCGAGGAGACACUGCACGGCUUCAAAAGCAAUCCAAAGCUUGCCUUACACAAUGACAACCGCGCAACUGCGGUGUUUGAUGUGGACACGGACAAAGCGCAUGAUCACAGGGCUAUCCUCGAAAGGAAUGCAGAGAUUAGCGACAAGAUUGAGAAAGGAGAGCUUGAGGCCGGCAUCUACCGUGGGCAGGGUGCCCAUCGCGUUUACGUGAAGAGGCGAGAGGGUGCGCUGUCGUACGCAAAGACAACCGGUCUGUAUGGCCCCGUGCGCGGUACGAACAACGUCCGCAUGACAAUGUAUGUGGACUACAACCCGGAGAUUUGCAAGGAUUACAAGGAAACGGGUUACUGCGGAUUCGGCAACACUUGCAAGUUCUUGCACGACAGGCACGAUUACAAAGGCGGGUGGCAAAUUGAGCAAGAGUGGCAACAACUCCAGAAGAAGAAACAGGCAAGUGAAGACGCCGAAACGGAGUGCGGCUCUGGCCAGGAGCCUGAGAAGCUCCGCCGCAUUGCAGAAGGCUUGGUGGACAGUGAUGAAGACACAGACAAAAGCAGCGACAGCAGCGAAGCAAGCGAGGACGAAGAAGGUCUGCCUUUUGCAUGUUUGAAGUGCAGAAAAAAGUGGACUGAAGACAUGAACCCUGUUGUGACCCGAUGUGGCCAUUACUUCUGUGAAACUUGUGCGUACGCGCAUUACAGCACCAGCAUCAAGUGCUACCAGUGUGGAAAAGAGACACAAGGAAUCUUUAAUGCCGCCUUUGAUUUGCUCAAAAAGGUAAAGAACAUUGAGCAAGACCGACAACGCAAAGCCCAGCGUCGCAAGCAGCGAAGAGCAAGUGAGAUGGGAGGUGGAGACUCUAAUGAAGAAUCAGAUUUGGAGAAGGAUGCGAAGAGCAGUCAAUCCGAAGAAGAAGACGCUGAAAGUAGUUCUCAGGUCAGCUCGAAAAAACAUGGAAAUGGCGACAGUUCUGGUGAGGAAGGCGACCAAGCGGCUGGCAGAGGGUCGGAGGGUGAGGAAGGUAGCGAAGAUGAGCGCGGAGACGAUUCUGAUGGAAGCAAGUAG